ACGGGCAGCGCGCGCAGGGCGGGCGGCGGCGCGAGGCCGGGGACGGGCACAGCGCGCGCCCAGCGCACCAGCCCAGCCGCGCCCGACCCGGCCCGGCCCCACCGCCGGCGCUGCGGUGCGGGCGGCACAGCCACAGCGCCCGCCCGGCCCCGACCCCGGGCUCCGCCUCGCCGCGCGGCGCACGGAGGAGAUCGGCGCGGCUCGUAGCAGGGGCAAGGUGCGGCGGUGGGAGGGGGCGGCGGCGGAGCGGCUUUGUUGGCUCUGAGGGGAGCGGCGCCUCGGCGAGAGCCCACCAUGGUGCAGCAGGCGGAGAGUACGGAGGCGGAGAGCAACCUGCCCCGGGAAGCGAUGGACACCGAAGAGGGCGAGUUCAUGGCUUGCAGCCCCGUCGCUUUAGACGAGAGCGACCCGGACUGGUGCAAAACGGCGUCGGGGCACAUAAAGAGACCGAUGAACGCGUUCAUGGUGUGGUCCAAGAUCGAGCGGAGAAAAAUCAUGGAGCAGUCCCCGGACAUGCACAACGCGGAGAUCUCCAAGCGCCUGGGCAAGCGGUGGAAAAUGCUGAAGGACAGCGAGAAGAUCCCUUUCAUCCGGGAGGCUGAGAGGCUGCGGCUCAAGCACAUGGCUGAUUACCCCGACUACAAGUACCGUCCCAGGAAAAAGCCCAAAAUGGACCCGUCGGCCAAGCCCAACGCCAGCCAAAGUCCCGAGAAAAACGCGCCCGCCAGCAGCGGCGGCAGCAAGAGCGCCAAGAGCUCCAGCAAGAAGUGCAGCAAGCUGAAAGCCUCCUCCGGCUCCUCGCCCCCCAAGCCGGGAACCAAAACCGCCCACCACGGGGACUACGCGGGAGACGAGUACGUCUUCGGCACUCUGAAAGUGAGCAGCAAGACGGUCAAGUGCGUCUUCAUGGACGAGGAGGAAGAUGAGGAGGAGGAGGAGGACGAGCUGCAGCUGCGGAUCAAGCAGGAGGCGGAGGAGGAGGAUGAGGACGAGGAGCCGGGACCGCAGCAGCUGCGGCGGUACAACGUGGCCAAAGUGCCGGCCAGCCCCACCUUGAGCUCCUCGGCGGAGUCCACCGAGGGGGCCAGCCUGUACGAGGAGGUGCGGGGCGGCGCCGCGGCGGCGGGCGGCGGCAGCAGACUCUACUACAGCUUCAAGAACAUCACCAAGCAGGGCCCGCCGCCGCCGCAGCAGCCGCCCGGCCUCUCCCCGGCCUCCUCCCGGUCCAUCUCCACCUCGUCGGCCGGUAGCGAGGAGGCGGACGACCUGCUCUUCGACCUCAGCCUCAACUUCUCCCAGCACGGCCACGCCGCCGCCGAGCUGGGGGCGGGCGCCGCCGCCGGCAACCUCUCCCUCUCGCUGGUGGACAAGGACCUGGACUCCUUCAGCGAGGGCAGCCUCGGCUCCCACUUCGAAUUCCCCGACUACUGUACCCCGGAGCUGAGCGAGAUGAUCGCGGGCGACUGGCUGGAAGCGAACUUCUCCGACCUGGUGUUCACGUACUGAGCGGGGGCGGCGGCCAGGGCGGGCGGCGAGAGCGGCGGAGCUGGAGCUGCGCGACGCCGGCGAUGAUGAUGAUGAUGAUCAUGAUAAUGAUUAAAAAAAAAAGUCUUGUUUUCUUUAAAAAAAAAAAAAAAUCUCGAAGUUAGUUCCGAGCCCGGGAGUUGUGAUUUUAUUUUUUUGUUUUGUUUUGUUUUUGUGUUUUUUUAUUUUUAUUACGUUUGGUGAUCACAACAACAACAGCAAAGGCAAAUGGGACUGGGGGAAAAAUGAUACAGAAGGCGCUGUUUGAAGCUUGUCGGUCUCUGAUUGAAGUCUGGAAGAUGGUCUGCAAAGAAGUCUUUUGGCAGCACAACUGUUACUCAAGGGGGAGCCAUCGGAUUUCAGCUGCGUGCUCUGAAAUAGCUGCUGAUGGCAAUAAACAGACUCAUGAGGUGGAAGUUUGUUUCUCAAGAAGUUUACUUUUUAUAUCUGAUAGGCAUUGGUAAAUUAUUACUACUUUUUGUUUUUUCUCCGCUAAUUAAUUAUCCAGCUGUUUACAGGGACAAUUCACUGUGCUGGUAUUUUGGUGGCAACCACUGCUACAGGCUUUCAGACUUGCUGAAAUGAAAAUCCUGCAUACGCAUUUGUAAGGCAUAAUAAAACAUAACAUUAAAACCUGCAUGCAUGUUAUGUUUAAUCAAAGACAACUCUUAGGCAUUUAAGUGGUGAGAUAUCUUACUUUAGGUUAGUUAAACUGGUAGUAAAAUGAUUAAUAUAAUCUGAUCUCUUUCUAAUAAUAAUAAUAAAACACUCAUGAUUCUAAAUAAAAGUUGUUUGGCCUAAAUCUUUGCUAUCAGAAAAGAGAUAUAGCAUAUCUGGGAACUCAAAUUUAUGUCUUGCAUUGUGAUAAUUCUUUAUGAGAAACUGUGUUUUAAAACAAACUUAAUUACAAUAUACAAGAUAUCCUUGGCAAUGGAUAGUCCUCAAUAAAACAGAGUUUCUUGAAUUUUCAGUUUUUGGUCUCAAAUGAUUAGUGUGUUCUCCAUGUAAUAACUUAGAAAUCAGAUUGAAAACAAAUGACAUUUAUCUCUUCUAAGGCAAAAGACUGAAAGAAAAUAGAUACACUGAAGUGCUCUAGCCUAGCCAUUCACUAUUCUGCUAUCAAAAUUCCUGUCUUGGGCUAGAGUGAUGGAGUAAGUUGAUCAGGUUCUAAGUCUUAAAACUGAGCCAAAAUUCUCUUAGUAAUUCUUCAAGCUAUCAUGAGGGUAGGGUGACUUGUUCUUUCAGUCCCUUUCUUCUGAUAUGCAUCCUUGUUUAUUAAAGUGAUAAUAGGCAGUGUCAUUAAACAUUUGUGCUUUACAGAUGUUCAAUGAGUUAUGAAUGAUUAUGGUCAAAUACAGGCUGCAUUUAGUUUGCAUUGUAAUAAGGUCUGUGUCUCAGCCUACAAAAGUUUUGACUUGCGUAUAUUUUUGGAAGCUGUUUUUAAAAUUACCAUUUAAAAUAUUACUCAAGGAUAACUGAUUUAAAUUGUCCAAUUAAAGAGCAGUCAGGCAUAUUUUAAAAGAGCAACAGGUCUACUUUAGUCAAAGAAUAUAAUAGCCACUCAGAAGUAUAUCUUUUCUUUCUUCUAAAUGGGAAUUAUACUGUACUGUAUCAGAGGAAUAUUUUGAGUGAAGGUAUAUGGUGCAGGGAAACAAUUUUUUUGGCCAAACACUUGAGUUACUUUUAUUUUAGAGUUUAUUAUUGCAUAUUGUUCAAGAAAAAAUUACAGUGUUCUGUUUAAGCCACUGCAUAGUUAGGGCUGAAGUUUGAUGCUGUUGAAUGCCUAAGCUCCUGCUUAUCUCAGUGAGAGUAAAAAACAAUCUUUUACUCGUGAAAAAUAUCUGCUAAGCUACUCCUUUUUAUUUUGUCAUUAAUAAUAUUCAUAUCUUGUUUCUCUUUCCUUUUUUUUUUUUUUUGUGUGUACAUAGGAAUCUUUGUUGACAUGCUAGAGCAGUCCUGUUGCAGGCCUGGUAUCUCCUGUGGCCUUUUUCCCCACAUUCCUUGCAUUUGUCUCUGUACAAUACUACUCUACAUGUAAGAGGACUCAGUGAUAGAAGGGAGAAAAAUGAACUUUUCCAUGUCGAAAGACAAUAUCCUUACUAACACUGAGGAUGUCAAUUCAAUGUAAAACCUAAUCAAAUAUGCUGAUUCUUUUUAUUUUUAAAGUGAACAUUUUUUGCAAACUUUUUUUCCCCUUUUGAUGUUUUUACUGGUUUAUUUUCCCUUCCUUUUAAAAGAACCACAAUUAAGAAAUAUUUUCUUUCCUUAAGUGCAGUCUUUUACAAAUGUGGUAGAAAGGCUCAUUCCAAGCGUCCUUUAAGUGCUACAUGCUCUUUAGGCAUUCACUGACAUUCAGAUGAAACUUCAAGUCUAUUGAAUGUGAUUUGCAUGCGUGCAGUAUGAUCCUUCACUCCUGCCUUUUUGAGGAAAGUGCAACUCUGUUGUUACAUCGGGGGAAAACUGGUGUGGGGUCACAGUCAGGGCCAUAUAAGUUUUAGGUGUUUGAUAAUCAAAACAGUUCAUGAAUUCCGUUUUACAUCUUCACAAUUGUUGCCUAGUAAGGCCUUAAACCUGCUCUGGUUAAAAAAAAAAUAAAAAUUCUCAUUGAGCUUAAUGGGAGUUUUUGCCUCAAGGGCUGCUGGCAGGAUAGGUGUCUUAGCUUCUCCUAACCUUCAUUUGUAAGAAUGGCCAGGAAAAAAUAAAACAACAAAAACUUAAUACAAUGAGUUGCCUUACAUUUCCCCUACUAUACAGUUGAAUUUCUUUGAUUAAUUUCCUUUCCCCUCACUCACAUCCAAGGCUGUGAUUGUUUUUGUUUUUAAUUUUUUUGCACACUACCUAUACCAAUUAACUGCCUAAUUAGUUUUAUCUUCUCUACAUGGAUGCAGUGAAUUUGUAAGAGAAUUUCACAAGCAAGUAGUUUUUUAGUGAGUUUAAAGUAAAUAGAGUUUUAAAGACCUAUUUUUAUAUUCAAUAUAAAGCACAAAUGUGCAGAAAAUGUAGAAUGACUUACAAAAAGGGAAGCAAAAGUUCGUAAUAUUUCAUGUAUAAAAGUAAUACCUUCUUUGGGGUGAGAUUCUCUUAGAAAACCCAAUACUUAUGCCAGUGCAAAGAUAGGAAUAUUUUAAAAACUCUUAGAAAAAUUGUGAUUGACAGCAAUUUAAAAGGAAUGACUUCUGUAGAUACAAGGAAACCCCUAAAGCAAUAUGGAUAAGAAGGGGUGAAUGGUUUUCAAUGAUGAACAACAACCUGGAAGUGUGAGAAUGGAGGUUUCAAUCCUUAUUAAUUAAUCAAAUUUCUUCUUUUGUGGUUAGUUACAUCUGGAUUUUCUGUGAAGUGCAAUCUUGCAGGAUGAAAAAGUGCAAGGGUGCCAAAAUUCUAAGACUAGUGGAAGUUCAGAAGCAGGCUUGAUUUGGAAUUAUUGAAUAAGGCUUUAGAUUUGGGUAAUUCACACUUCCAGUAAAAUCAAGACAUUGAUUUACUGCUUGAAGAAAUUUGAUCAAGUAAUAAUGAUUAAUCCGGGAACUCCCAUUGUCACAAUUUGUUUUCGUUUCCAUCGUCCUGCUUAUCUCCAAAACCAACUUGCCUCAACUCCUGGCAAAGCCAGGGAGAAGAGUUAUAUGCCAUUGUUAGUUCAUUUACAAUUUGUAUCUGGUUUUGCUCUUGUACAUAUGUUGGCGUUUUGGAGUCUUUACAUAAAUGCUGUGAUACUUUUUUUCUUAUUUCAAUUUAUUUUUUGGUGGGCUGUUUUAAAAUGGAGGCCUGUUUUCCAAUGUGGGACUUUUGAUGGUUACAACAUUUCAAUGAUGUUGCAUGAUGGCCACAGGUGGGGGAAAUUGAAUGUUUUAGAGCAGUUUUUCAAGCAUGACACUUUUAAAAUAUGUAAUUUCAAAGACUUUUCAAGGCCACAUGAAAUUAGUUUUCAUAGCCACUCCAGGUCUUGGGGGGAAAAGCUGAAAAGUACUUUUGUUUAGAAGUCUGAGUGAUGGUGGGGGGGAAACCUUUUCUUGAGGUUUUUGCAUGCCAGUGCACGGCCUAUUGCUGUGAGAGAAGGAAGAUGGUAAGGCUGCUUGAGGCAAUGCACUGGAGGACAAAGUGUUUUCUAGCACUAGAAAAAGAAAAUGCAUGGCAAAGUUUUGUCUUCUAGUAGACUAUAUAGCAUGCAGAGUUUAGUAUGUGUCAAAACAGUGUAUGACAUUGCUGUAUCAAAGUUGUAAAAUUAAGCAUUAUUUAUUGAAAACUAUGUAUUUUUUUUGUAAAAACCUGAUCACCUAGAGGAUUAAUAUCAGUGACUUGUGCUAGUGCUACAAACUUAACCAGCUUCUUUACUACAGUACUUGAUAUGCAGUGUUAAUGCUCAGGGUUGAAACCAGUCCACUCCAAUGUUUUUUUUGCAAGAGUUUUUAAAUAAAGGAACAACAUAAUGCAAUUGUUCAAAAGACUCUAAUAAAAAUGUGUGAUCAAUCUUC